AUGAAAGUGAUAAUUCUAUUAGCAGUCGUCCUCUGUCUGGCCUACUCUGAGCAGUGGGCUGUGCUUGUGGCAGGCUCAAACACCUUCAGCAACUACCGCCACCAAGCUGACGUCUUCCACGCCUACCAAACUCUCGCCAAAAACGGCUUCGACAAGGAUCAUAUCAUCACCUUCGCCUUCGAUGAUAUCGUCAACUCGGUCUCCAAUCCCUUCAAAGGAAAGGUCUUCAAUAAACCAACCUACCAGAGCCCAGGAGUAGACGUCUAUGAUGGAAUUCACAUUGAUUACAAGGGAGCUGAUGUCACCCCUGAAAACUUCCUAGCUGUCCUCGAAGGAAACUCCGCUGCCACCAAGGGAAAGAAGGUCCUGGAAGCCACCCCCCAGGACAAUAUUUUCAUCUUCUUCUCAGACCACGGAGCACCUGGACUUAUCGCCUUCCCAUCCAAAUAUCUGUAUGCUGACCAACUCAUCCAAACCUUUAACAAAAUCACCGGAAAAUUCGGAAAGCUUGUCUUCUACCUUGAGAAGCUACCAACUAACACCCGCAUUUACGGUCUUUCUGCUGCCAAUCCCACUGAAUCCUCUUGGGGUACCUACUGCAGUCCCGACGAUGUGGUUAAUGGCAAGCACGUCGGCUCCUGCUUGGGAGAUCUUUUCAGCGUGAACUUCCUUGAGGACAUCGACAAGGGACUCAUCUUUGAUGAGACUCUUUUGGACCAGUUCAAGAUUGUGAAGAAGUUGACAACCCUAAGUCAGUGA